UCAUGGUUUCGCUUCAACAUUCCACAGAGAAGCAGCACACCCCGUCUCCUUCCUCGCAUUCCUUCCUCAGAAAAAAAAGUUCCUUUAUUCUUUUUGUCAGCUCGUAAAAGCUAUUGAAGCACAGUUGGGGUAAGUGGCCUGAGACAUUCCAGCUAUCCGUCAAUGGUUUUUUACAAUGUUUUUGGAAGCGAUACGCCGUUGCAGGUUAAAAAGCUCAAAACCUACAAGAGAAAAUUCCUCCGCGCAGCGCGCCAUUGACUGCAUAGACCUUUCAACUUACUAAAGACUGUAGUUGACAAACGUUUUCGUUUUUUGAAAUCAUUUGGAAAAGUGAUUUGUGCCUCAGAUCUCUGAAGGACUUGGCCGCGCAACGAGUUUAGAUGUGGGGGUGGCGAAGUUACAUCGUUGAAAGAAGGACUACCACUGAUAUAUAUAUAAAAAAGACGGCUCCCUACACAUUUCCCUGUGUUGUUGUAAACUGGAUUUGUGAUCUUAACUCUGUAGUUUUCUGACUUGUUCUCCGGGAUCAAAACCAUGGAGAAGUAUGAGGAGGAUAUCGGAUUGAAAGCGAGUACGUUCAUGGAGAACCUUUCUUUGUACGAAGCUUGCAAAGACGGACUUUACAGCGGGAGAAGGGACCUGAUGAUAAACCACGAUUUGGAUUUUUCGGGACAGAUGAUUACGAACCACAAAAAUAAAACGGUGAAUGGCAACGCACAACAGCAGUACCACCCGCAGCAGUACACUGGCGAAAAUUACCAGGCUGGGAAUAAAGUUUACAACGCGGUCCCUUUGCGCCCAGUCAAUGGCAACAAGGGUGCAGCUUCGGAUAUUUGCAACACACAAAGAGAGUCAGCUUAUUGUGAAGAUGGCCAUUGCACCAAAUCUGAAGUUGCCUUGCCGUGCUACAGCGGGAUUUCCGAGAGGAACCGGAGGUAUUCUUUAGAGGCGCAGAGUCAUAGGUACAGCACGGUGGGUGCAUAUGACGGAGCGGUCGUGAACAAGCAAGCAUCCUUCUCUGUCUACCCUAGCUCGGGCACCAGGAGCAACAAUGUGUGCGCCAGUAGCAGUCAAGACGGCAGGUACAAUGCCACCAGCCCCAGGUCUAGCCUGGCUUCUUCCAUGUCUUCCCAGGAGCAAAGCAAGCACACGAGCCCCAGAUCGAGCAUCAGUAGCCCCAGGUCGAGCUUGGUGGUGCCCGGGCAGGACAAAUACACCAGCCCCCGAUCCAGCCUAGUGCAAUACGACGUGAGCAGUGUGCUGAGCCCCCGGUCUAGUUAUGCAAGCACUGCCAGUGAUACCAGCAAGCACUCCAGUCCCCGGGCCAGCUUAAAUAGCUACGAUUGCGGGAGCAAGCCCAGCAGUAACCGCACCAGUGGCAUCAGUAUGGGGUAUGACCAACGGCACAUCAGCCCUAGAUCAAGCACUGCAAGUCAGUACUCGUGCACCCCGAGUCCGAGGUCCAGUUACUCGGAUUCGCGCUAUGUGUCGUCUGGAAACGCCGAGCAUGAAGGCACAAUCGUGCAUGGCAUGCCAGUGGUCAGCCCCCGUGCGAGCAUCUGCAGCCAGGAAGGCGGCAGCAGCAGACCAGGGGUAGCAAGCAACUGCAACCCGUGUGUGGUUAGCCCACGGUCCAGCAUUUCUAGUCACAGCUCUAGAAGCUCCCGGAGUUCGAGGGGCUCCAUGAGCGCCUACCCGGACCUUCAGCUGCCCUCGCCCAGGUCAUCCAUCCUGGGUCCGGGUUUGCAGGAGGAAUCGGUGGUGAACGAUUUUGGAGAUAGCAGGAUCUAUCCCCAGUCGUCCCCAGCAAGGCACGAACAGCAGCAGUCUCAGGUCGGAUUAAACACAGACGCGGCCGCGGGUGUUCCAGCACCUUUUAACUACUGCUGCCCCGCGAAAGCCUCGGCCCCGGCGCAAAAGUUUAAGCUGCCUUACCAACUCGCCCCUUCCCGAGAAAGUGGCCCAAGCCAGGCAGAAAGAAGACUAGAAGCCCUGACAUUGGAAUUGGAGAAGGAAUUGGAGAUGCACAUGAAAAAAGAAUAUUUUGGAAUCUGUAUAAAGUGUGGGAAGGGGGUGUAUGGAGCGAGUCAGGCCUGCCAGGCAAUGGGAAACCUCUAUCACACCAACUGCUUCACCUGCUGCUCCUGCGGGCGAAGGUUAAGGGGAAAGGCAUUCUACAACGUCAAUGGCAAAGUUUACUGUGAAGAAGAUUUCUUGUAUUCUGGGUUCCAGCAAACAGCAGACAAGUGCUUCGUGUGUGGCCACCUCAUAAUGGAAACGAUUCUGCAGGCCCUAGGGAAGGCCUACCACCCUGGCUGUUUCCGCUGUGUGGUUUGUAACGAGGGCUUAGACGGGGUUCCUUUCACGGUCGACAUGGAGAACAACAUCUACUGCGUCAAGGACUAUCACACAGUUUUUGCACCCAAGUGCGCGUCGUGUAACCAGCCCAUCCUGCCUGCACAGGGUUCUGAGGAAACGAUCCGGGUGGUGUCAAUGGACAGAGACUACCAUGUGGAAUGCUAUCACUGUGAGGACUGCGGGCUCCAGCUGAACGAUGAGGAGGGUCACCGCUGCUACCCCCUGGACGGGCACCUCCUCUGCCAUGGCUGUCACGUCCGCCGCCUCAAGAUCCAGGUGCUACCCCACCCUCCCCCCAACUACCCCAUGCACGUCACCGAACUGUGAGACCACAGAGACCCUGAAGGAGACGGCAGAAGGCCGAUGGAGGGAGAGAGAGAGAGAGGAGUGUAAUGUGGAACAGCCUCCCGGCAGGAUUCUUGCAGGGAAAUGCAAGCGAUGAACCUGUGCUUCUGUUUCUGUGUCUGCUAUAGGCUGGAGUACUUUGUAAUAAAGUGUGAGGAGAAGAAACCUUUUCUUUUUGUAGUUGCAGUACACAAAUGACUGAACUGUGUGAGGUUACAGCCGUCGACACACACAAGCAGCAAGGCCUCGAGGAGAGACACACUUCAGUGGGGAUGGGACUUUACUUCUUAUCACCGAAGGCCUGAGAGCCAAGAGGCAAGGCUGCACUUGUGUUUAACUGAAAACAGAUGCACAGCUUCGGAAAGCCACAGAGACAGCUGCUGGAGCGUCCGCUGACAAUUCAAAGUAGCCGUUGUUGCAGAAUAACUGCUCGUCAUUCCCCGCCUCUGCAAUAACACUGUAACAUUACAUUGGCUAUGCAAGAAAUUCUUGUAUGCAAUUUUGCAUUAUUUCACCGUUAACCCAAUUAAUGUUUUUUUUUUUUUAUCCAUUACGUGUGAAAAAGGGGCCAUCAUUUUUCUUUAUUAUUUGCAGUUGCCUAUACGUUGUUAUAACACAAUUCUGUACUAAUUGCAGUUGCCCCGUCUUCAGCAAACAAUAGCAUUUGUGACCUACAAGAUUUACUGGCUAUGUUUUAAUGAUAUAACAACUAUUAGAUCUACAUAGAUUGUACGUACAGGUGUUUUUAUAUUGGGCAAGACUUUCACCGGAGACCAUUAAUUUUAUAAUUUCUUUGGGCAGAGGGGUGAGGAAUACAUAGAUCUUGCAUAGCUAGAAAGAUAGUUAUUUUAUGCUGUUGCUAUUUGUUAUCUAGUAGAGUCAGAGGCUGAAUGUACUGUUUGAUUAGCAGUAGAUAUGACUACUGUAUGAUGAGGGUGAAGGGGAUAUAAAGAUGUAUUCCUUUGUGGACCACUGAAACGUCUAACAGAACUUGCACUUUGUGAUCACCAGAUCCCAUCACUGUGUCAUUGGGGGGUUGUCUUUUAACUCUGUAAUGCCUAAGAAUUUUUUUAAUGAGAACAGCAGCUUUAUCUAUGUAACUAGAUACUGUUUCUAUACAAAACAUUUUUUUCCCUCUGUCUGGCAACAUAAUAUCCUGCAUAUGAAAAAUCCUGACUUGUGAGGCUGAAUUUAAAAAGUAAUAAUAUUGAGGGGUAGCUAAGCAUUGUAUCAUAUGUGAUACAAAAAUGGGCAUUACAGGGUUAAACGUGUUUGGUCUUUAGACUCUCUCUCUGCUGUUUUCAGAGAGUUAUUGUGUGUUCUGAGAGUGUAUGCUGUACCAACUCUAUAAUUGUUCAGUGAAAUCAAAUGCAGUGCUCUUUCAAAAGCACCUUGUUCCCCCCUUCCUCCUUAUCAGCAUCUUCUAGUGACAGCCAGUUAACAACUAAACAAAUACGUCUGCUUUCACUGAUACCCUCUGAUCUGAUCUCAUGUUGCCUUCGGUAAGAGGCCAUCCUAGUGUGUCUUCAGGUUUUAAAGGGCACAUAAGGACCUUUUUAUUUUAUUGUGUUACAUGUUCCCAUGUGUUGGUACAACUGUUUACGUAAGUGUGUGUGUGUGUGUAUUGUUUUAUUUUUUGUUUUUCUUACAUUUUUUAACUUUUAAAUUGCAUUCCCUGCUUCAAGAUGGCUUCCCAUGUACCUGUAUGGAUCUCUCAGAACUACAUUUCCCAUCAUCCUCCUGCUCACAUAUGUAACUGAGAUGGAUUUACCAGUGAGCAGGAGGGUGAUGGGGAAAUGUAGUUCUGAGAGGUACAUGCAGGUACAUGGGAAGCCGUCUUGAGGCAGGGAAUGCAAUUUAAAAGUUUAAAAAAGUGGUCAAAAUGUAAAAAAAAAAAAAAUUAUUAAAACAAUACACACACCUUACAUAAACAGUUGUAGCAACACAUGGGAACAUGUAACACAAUAAAAUAAAAAGGUCCUUAUGGACCCUUUAAGAGUUUAUUCAAGUCUUGUACAUAGAGCUAACAAAGUAAUUCCAGUAAAUCUCCCAAUAUUACUAUAGUUUUCUUCUAUAAAAACUGCACACAUUCUGAACGUGCAUUAGAUUUUUUAAUUAAAGAAUUACACUUUACUGAUCACUCCUUCUGGCUAUUUCAGUGCUGCACUUCAGCUGUGUCCCUGCAUUCUGCAAGUCACACGAAGGAACUUAGAAACGUUGAAAUCAUUGUAAAACAGUGAUUGUUUACUUCCAUGUUGCUUCUUGGAGUUUUGCCAGAACCUCAUGAUUUUUGUGAUCCUUCAAGUGAUCUCUUGAAGUAGAAUACCGCAAGGUGGUCAAAGUAGUACUAGCACUGAAGUUGUAAAGGAACGGUGGCUAAAUUUUAGUUCAUUAGUAGCCAUCAUACUGUAAUAUCUUAACCUUUUUAUAACAGAAUGUGAGACCUAGGGUUAGCUCUGUGUACUUUAAGGCUGCAGAAACACAUUACCAGUAGAUCCUUACAAAACCUGCAAAGAAAAAUCAUGCUCUUAUGCGUAAUAAAACCUCUGGUGUCUGAUUUUGGUGGCAUUAUAGGCAGCAGUUUGCAAAAUGGCUAUGGUGAAUCUUUGAUGCCAAUGACGUAAAGUUUGAAAAACAUUAUUCUAAGCAUUUAAACAAAAAAAGCUUUGCUAGUCUACUUUUAUGGUCAAUGUUAUUAAUAAACCCAUAUUUAGGGUAUCAGUUUACCAAAACUAGUGCAGUACAGGUUGUGCAUUCUUAACAUUCCAUAAGCAAAUAUUUCGUUCCGUCUUUGCACAGAGAUAUUUGCGUAAACAUGGUCCCUGAACGGGUUUAAUAGAUGCCUCAGAUUUCAUUUUUUCACAAGUGAAAACAAAACAUGUAAACAUGGCUCCAAGAUUCAGGGGACACAGAAAGAGAUUCACAGCGUGUAACAGGCAUUUUAAAGAGAUUUAAAUCGUGAAUUGUCAAUUUCUACAGUAAAGUAAACCCUGAUUAUCUAGACAUGUUUCACUGUCCAGUUACCAAGAGAAAAUACGCUAACCAGCCCAGUGUCUCAGAACAAUACUGUAGGCUGUAGGCCCUAUCAAAUAUAAUGCUGAUUUAAGAUGUUCUCUGUUAAAACCGGUUAGUCAAACCCAGUUCACUGUCUGCACCACACAUCAAAAUAAUUGUUUCAAAUAAAGACAUUUAACACCUGAGAGAAAUAGAAAGAGAACAAUAUUAGCAACUAUUCUUAGGAUGCCUGAUCUAUAGGAUACCCAGUGUAUUUCAAUGCACAGGGGUUUUGUAAUUAUUUGCCAUUGAUUGGGAAUAUCACAUUUAACAAUUUUACAGUAAUUGUAUUAUCCAUAUAUUAUUUUUACAAAUCCACCCUGGUCUCCAUUAGUUUAGAGGUUUUACUGUAUUCUGAAAAUGAAAAUUAUUUUUAAGAAAAAAUUUUAAAAAAGCUUCAUUGUUCUUGUCCUGUUAACAGGAGAUUUUAUAGUUUAAUGUUUCGAGGAGGAAAGGGGUUUCAUCAUGAAAGGCCAAUAUUAAAAUCAAAAAUUAGAAUUAAAAAUACAUACAAUACCUCUGUACAGUCAAGUGGAAGGACUGAAAAAAAGCAUUAAAAAUGGUUCAGAAAGAGAGUUGUCCAUGAAGCACAAAUUCCAUAUGCAUUCCAAGAUAGAGGACCAUAUAUACCGGUAUCUAUUAAAUAUUUUGAUGCCCAUUUUGUAUAUCAUGUAACUAGUUUUCCUGUACAAAAAUGUUAGUUUUUUAACUGUAUUGUCCAAAUUCUGUUUAAAAAAAAAAAAAAAAAGUGUCUCUGUGUUUUGUGCCCUGUGUGUAGUUUGAGAACAGCGGGUGGGUUAUUUAUCUAAAGAUGAAAAAUGUAAAGUUAUUUAAUGUGUUAAAAGUCAGAAGUGUCAUUUAACCUUAGAUGAUAUAAUCUGCUUUUUUCAAUAAAGACGUUUUGUAGUUAACUUAAAA